GAACAGGCCAUAAGCUUUGAAUAAAAGCUCAUAAAAAGAGAAACAGGCGGACUGGGCAGCGGCUAUGGCGGAGCGGCAGCAGAGCAAGUUGCACCUCCAUUGCGGGCAAUACCUCGGCGAAAUCUCUGCCCUUUAUUUUCUCCUUCCUCCUUCUGGCCUCUCUUUUCUUCCCUUUCUCAUUGCUGGUUCUGGUUCACAAAUUCUGCUUUAUGAGUUGGAAACGGGCCAAAUGAUACGUUCAUUUCACGUAUUUGAAGGAAUUCGUGUCCAUGGAAUUACUUGUAGCUCUGUUAUUUGCAAUGAAGGAUCAUUGUCCGUUAAGCUCGCUUACAAGCUAGCUGUUUUUGGGGAAAAGAGAGUGAAGCUUUUUAGCUUAAACGUUGAAGUGGCCUUGACUUCCGAAGCUCAAUCAGAAGUUCUUGUGGAUUUAAACUUUGUUCAUUCCUUACCGAGGUUUAAUAAUUGGGUUUUGGACGUUUGUUUCCUGAAGGGGUGUCAAGAAGAGGAUUGUCUUGCUAUAGGGUGCAGUGAUAAUUCUGUUUUUUGUUGGAAUAUUUCAGAGUCCAGUGUGAUUCUCGAAGUUCAAUCUCCGGACAGGUGCCUUUUAUAUUCCAUGCGGUUAUGGGGUGAUAAUCUUGAACAUCUCCAUAUUGCAUCCGGCACUAUUUACAAUGAGAUUAUUGUUUGGAAAGUGGUCUCUGUCUGCGGCACUCUGGAAGACCAAACAAAGCUUAAUACUUCAUGCUCUAAUAGUAGCAGCCUUUAUUUUAAGCAGUAUGAAGCUGUUCAUAUAUGUAGACUUGUUGGACAUGAAGGUUCAAUAUUUCGCAUAGAGUGGUCUUCCGAUGGAUCUAAACUGGUGUCUGUCUCUGAUGAUCGUAGUGCCCGUAUUUGGACUAUUGAUGUUGAACGGAAAUAUUCUGAUAACUUGGAGGAGGAUGUUGGCCAAGUGCUAUUUGGUCAUAAUGCUCGGGUUUGGGACUGCUGUAUCUCUGAUUCUUUAAUUGUCACUGCUGGCGAGGAUUGUACAUGUCGUGUGUGGGGAUUAGAUGGUAAGCAGCUUAAGAUGAUCAAGGAACACAUAGGAAGGGGCAUAUGGAGAUGUUUGUAUGAUCAAAAGUCUUCACUUCUUGUUACUGCUGGGUUUGACUCUGCAAUCAAAGUACAUCUGGUGCAUAAAUCUUUGAGUGAGAAACUGGAUGAAUAUACAGAGGAAAAUGAGUUUAUUGAGAGAACAGAGCUAUCUACUAUUCAUAUUCCAAAUUCAUCAGAAUGUUUUGGACCUAUGGACAGCAAAAGUGAGUAUGUACGUUGUCUGCGGUUCAGUUGUGAAGAUACCAUUUAUGUUGCUACAAACCAUGGUUAUUUGUACUGUGCUCAAUUAUCCAACACUGGGAAUGUAAAAUGGACCAAACUAGUUCACAUCAAAGAAGGUGGACCAAUUGUUUGUAUGGAAUUGUUGUCCAGAAAUACACCUGGCUAUUCCUGUAGUUUAGACGAUUGGGUGGCUCUUGGAGAUGGUAAAGGAAACAUGACUGUUGUGAGAGUUACUUAUGAUGCUUAUACUACUAAAGUGGGCUAUGAACUCACCUGGUCUGCUGGACCAGAGAGACAACUCUUAGGAACCUUCUGGUGCAGAUCAUUGGGAUAUAGGUAUGUUUUCACUGCAGAUCCAAGAGGGAUCUUGAAGUUGUGGAGGUUAUCUGAUCCUGUAGCAUCUGUUUCUUGUGAUUCUUCGAAAACUUGUGAUGUUUCUCUUAUAGCGGAAUUCUCCUCAUGUUUUGGGGCACGGAUAAUGUGUUUGGAUGCCUUGGUUGAAGAAGAGGUGCUGGUCUGUGGAGAUCUACGUGGUAAUCUGGUUCUAUUCCCUUUGUUAAAGGACCUGUUGACAGGCAUGCCUUCUGCACUAGGAGUGAAAAUAACUCCGAUAAAUUAUUUUAAAGGCGCUCAUGGUAUUUCAAAUGUGUCCAGUCUUUCAUUUGGUAGAUUAAGCUCCAGCAAGAUAGAAAUAUGCUCGGUAUGGUAG